CAUCCGCACUCACGCGCGCACGCGCGCGUCACGCGCGGGUUUUCGCUCCCGAGUCCCGACUCGCUCGUCUCCUUCCCGACCGAUUCAUUCGCUGCUCCGUCCUCUCCGCGGCGGCGCAUCUGGAGAGCGGCGGGCGCGACGCCGUGCGCCGGUGACGCAGCCGCGGCGGACGCGCUCCCUCUUCUCCGUCCAAGCAAGCGUCCUCUUCUCUCCCUCCUGCACGCAUCGGAGGGGAGGCCCUCCUCUCUCGUCUCGUCCGAGGGGACCCCCACCUGCACGCAUCGGAGGGGAGCCCAGGGACGCCACCGCGCGCCUUCCUCUCUCGUAGGCCGCUUCUCGUCCCCGCUUCGUCUCUCCUCCUCGGCUGCCGGAUCUCGGUUCUCUUUGCCCAAGGAGAUCAUGGAGAGUACUUCAGAUGUGCAAAUGCAACAUUGUGCUGAAGAUUCAGAGACUACAAUCGAGAUCAAAAUCAAGACCUUGGAUUCUCAGACAUACAAUUUGCGUGUGAAUAAAUGUGUGCCGGUUCCUCUGUUGAAAGAAAAAAUUGCUACUGUAACAGGAAUAUUGUCUGAACAACAACGCUUGAUUUGCCGUGGGAGAGUCCUAAAGGAUGAUGAACUCUUGUCUGCUUAUCAUGUUGAAGAUGGUCAUACAUUGCAUCUUGUUGUUAGACAACCAGGCCAGUCAGCUCCAUCAGGAAGUGCAGGAACUGAAGCUAAUGCAUCAAAUUCUGGUCGUCGUCGUGGUCCCACAGUGGCAAGAAGUGUUGUACUUGAGGCUGUUAAUGUGGAUCCCGGGAGCAGUGAACUCCCAGCUUUUGUUGCCCAGAUUCUCCAAAGCGUGCUUGGAUCAAUAAGCGCACAAUCUUCGGGUGCUCCGGCAUCUUCUGACACCAGACCUUCAGAACCUACACAAUCUUCCAUCCCAAAUACUGUAAGAGUUGAACUUGACCAACAACAAACUCCUCUGCUUUUCCAGUCUGAGCCAGCACAUGGGUCAUCACAACCAAAUGUAAUCCCUGAUGCCUUGACAACUAUGUCUCAGUACAUUGACUUUAUGAGGGACUCAUUUAGGAGGGAAGGCUUUAAUCAUAAUGGACAAGCAGAGGGUAAUGUGGAAAACAGAACUGCAGGAAGUACUAGUGUUGGUGGUACACAAAAUCAGGAAAUCCAGCCUGAAUCAACUUCUACACUUGGGCUUCAUACUGCAUCUUUGCUAGCUGAAACUAUGCACUCUACUAGGCAAAUUAUUGUUGAACAGGCCGGUGCAUUGCUAUCUCAACUCUCAGCUCAAUUGGGAGAUCUUCAGAACGUAACUGAUCCUGCAACACGAAGGGACCUUCAAAGCAGUGCAUUUCGCUCAGGAUCUCUCCUUCAGAACCUUGGUUCUUUGCUUCUGGAACUUGGCCGCACCACAAUGCUGCUGCGUAUUAAUCCUGCAUCUUCAGAAGCGGUUGUAAACUCUGGACCAGCUCUUUAUAUAUCUCCAUCAGGGCCUAAUCCUCUUAUGGUUCAACCUGUUCCAUUUUUUCCAGGAAGGUCUGUCCAAAUGGGUACAUUAUUUUCUGGUCUUGGUUCGCAAGGGUCUGUUUUACAUCCAAGAGAUGUUGAUAUCCAUGUCCGUACAGGUGGGUCCGUGCCUGUAGCCAGUACUAACCCAAGUGAGACGGCUGGUGCACAAGCGAAUAGGACAGGAGAGGCUUCGCAUGCAAAUAUUGGUGAAGCAUCUGCAGGGGUUGCAGGUGGCACUCCUUUUUCUGUUGAGUCUGGAGUUAGACUAUUGCCACUUAGAACAGUGGUUGCCAUGCCUGCUGGUAUCAGUCGUGCUCCAUCAGGGUCUUCUAGUGGAGGUGUUGGUAUUAUCUAUCCACUGAUCACCAGAGUUCGACAAAGAGCAAACACUAUUGGUAACGAUGAACGAAAUGGUCAAUCUCCAAAUGAACCUGCUCGUAGUAGCACCCAUCCUAAUCAACAAUCAAUUCCUCAGUCAUCUCAAGCUCAUGAAGCAGGUAAUCUGGAAUCUGUAGCUGAUGUCAAUGUGGGAAAUGGCUCUGAGACCUCACCUGGGCAGCAGAAUGGCCUGGUCACUCUCUCUCAGAUAAUGGACCUUCUUGGAUCAAUGCUCCCUGGAGAAAAUGUUAGAGGAAAUAGCUCGAGUCAGCAAGCACCAACGUCUUCUGCUGAGCAGGUAGAUGGUAGAAAUAGUGCAACAACACAAGUGUCAGGAGCCAGUGAGGAGGCGCUACACUUUGCUAGCAUGGUCAGACAAAUUAUGCCAUUUAUCUCCCAAGUUGAAACACAGAAUCAAAGUGCUCCACCAGACACUAGCAGCACACAUGCACAGGCUGCAUCUGGGAGUGCAAACAGAGCAAGGGAUGACCCAAGAGAUUCUACGAGUUCCCAUCAACAUAACCGCGACCAAAUUGAUGAGCCUAAUUCUAAAAGACAAAGAUUCAGCGACUGAUUCAAAUUUGCUUGAGAGAUGAGAAUCUUGCCAGUUCUUGCUUAACCCAUCAAAUUGUCAAAUCGGGAGUUGAGGCAAAUGGUGACGGUAUUGAGACAAAUGGAUCUAGCUGUAGUAUAUAGUUGGCAUUGAGGACACUGGACGAGGCACCUAUGCUUAUCUUUUUGCGCAUCUUAUAAGCUGUUAUUUUUGAGUGCACAACCGUACAUGCCGGCAUCCGAUCUCCAAUAUGUAGAAGCUUAAUCUAUCCGGGAUGGAAUUAUUUAUGCGAUAAAUCAAGCCUCUUCUCUGGUGGUUCUAGCCGGAGCAUGUGGAGGACUUUUGCAAUCAAUAAUAUCGUUAUGAGAAUGUAUAGUUUAAGUUUGUAUGGUUUAUUAAACAUAUUGUUGUCGCGUGCUAUUGCUUACACACAGAAUAGCUCGUUUUGGUAUUGUUCAUAAUUCAGUGCAACUCCGUUGGAA